GGGACAUUAGUUUUUUGAUACCGAACAUGUCAAGCCGUAAGCCAAAGUUGACAUGAUGUUCCACAACUCUCAAGUAAUAGUCAGAAAUAUCAGCUUCACAAAUUGCUUCUCAAACACAAUGUAAUGAUAAAAAAAUUCUCUAUAAAUAGUGUAAACCAUCAAACAAAAAUAAAUACUUCCUAAUUAAUCACUUUCAUCCAAAAUGGCUUCCUCAAACCUCAUUACAAUUACUCUCUUCACAUUCACCUUAGCUUUUCUUAUUCAAACAUCUUUUGGAACCGACCCACUUUUCCAUUUUUGUUCAAACUCAGGUAACUUCACAGCCCAUAGCCCAUAUGAAUCGAACUUGAAAACACUCCUCAACUCACUUAUCUACAAAACCCCUUCAAAAGGUUUUGGUGUUGGGUCAGUGGGUGUGACUAAAUACCAAAACCAACAAACAUUUGGGCUUGCUCUUUGUCGUGGCGAUGUCUCGGCCUCGUGUAAAACAUGUGUCUCUGAGGCAACGAAAGAAAUCCAAAAUAUUUGCCCAUACAACAAAGGUGCAAUCAUAUGGUACGACUAUUGUUUAGUCAAAUACUUGGAUACUAAUUUCUUUGGCAAAAUUGAUGAUACCAACAAGUUCUAUAUGUGGAAUUUGAAUAAAGUAAGUGACCCUAGCACGUUUAAUUACAAUACUAAAGUUUUAUUGAGCCAGCUUGCACAAAAAGCUUCUAUGAAUCCUAAAUUGUAUGCAACGGGAGAGGUAAAGCUUGAGAAUUCAAAGAAACUUUAUGGGUUGACUCAAUGCACUAGAGACAUUUCUAGUGUAGAUUGUAAGAAGUGUCUUGAUGAUGCAAUUAGUGAACUUCCAAAUUGUUGUGAUGGAAAAGAAGGAGGGAGAGUUGUUGGGGGAAGUUGCAACUUUCGAUAUGAGAUAUACCCAUUUGUCAAAGAAUAGAUACUAGCUAGGUUGACUUUCUUUGUAAAAAAAAUAGGUUGACUUCCUUGCCAAUAAAAAUAACCUUGUAUACGAUUACGUAUUAUAUAAUGCAUGGAUGAAUAAAAUGUGAAAUUUUCUUUCACAUUGAGACAUUAAAAUCU